AUGAAGGUAGCGGCGGCUAUCUCAUCGGUCUUCCUGAGGUUGGUCAAGGAAAACCCGGGGCCACCCCCGAAAUGUGUGAAUGCCGAUUGGCACCAGGGGCUGCACAAGCUCACAAGUUGUGCUGACGAGAGAUCGGCUAUCUUAUACAAGAAGGCAGUCUCUCUGGUGGGGGAGGUUUGGAAGGGAGCCAGACUGGAGGCCGUGGCCAAAGAGGAUCUUCCUCUUCGUCCUAGGGCUCGCAUUUGGCUGCCGGCCGAACCUUCCACUCCGAGUGAGAUUGAGGAAACCCUUAGAUAUUCUAAUCCCUCACUUCCAACACAGGACUGGAGAGUCUUAAGGCUGGAGAGAACUGAUGAACCGUAUCAGCAAGCGCUGAUAAUGCUAAACACGGAAUCCAUUGGUCCUCUCAGCAACACAAAGGAAGCGAUAAGCUAUGGUUUUGAUAUGGUAGUGCUGAAAGUACUUCCAUCGGAUGCCAGAGCUGAUGGCCCCCAAGCUGCGGUGUCUGCGGUGGAUGGCGCCGACGGUCAAAUGACCGUAGAAGUCGAUCCCGAUCUUUCGGAUGUGGCGAGUGUUGGGGGCGGUUCGGCGAUUGGCGAUUCCGUCUUCAGCCUCGAACAACUUUUCGAGGAGGUUCGGGUCGAUCACGACUUGGGCGCUGAAAUAGCGCUCCUGGAGGAAAGUCUGAAGGAUGAAAUUCCUCCAGAUUAA